AUUUAUUUCAUCACCCCACCGGCGCCUGGUGGCAUUUUUCUUUUUUCUAAGGAGACUCAGUGCUAAAGAUCUCUCUUUUUACAGAAUCAACUGCUUUAGGUAUUUGCUGCUUGUGCUGUGUAUACAGGAACCAACCACGGAUCUCUUGGAGCAGUGAAGAUAAUCAAGAUAUUGGUUUCAGACAAAUGAUGAGACUUUAUCUCCCCCUUUAAAAAAACAAUUAAAAGAACAUUCAAGAGUGAUCGUCGUGGGACCAUUUAUCAUCGGAAACAAGUGGGUUAGGCUUGUUAUGUUCUCGAGUCUAUGCGUAGGAGUAUUACUGGUCCUCUACUGGAGCCAAAUUUGAAAAAGAGCCUCUCCGUCCAAAGAUACCGAUCACAUCGCUAAAGCUGUCUGAAAACUGAUGAUACACAACACGACAUAGUGGGACAGUGGGCUCUCCUCAGUCACUGAACCAACGUGCGCUGCCAAUUCAUUAUGUCGAGUCUGCAGGGAUGACAACUGUUUUGAGUUUUGUAUCAUCUUCUCUUCACAUGAGAGACCAUUCAGAAAUUUGAUGGUGGCCGCUUAAUGACUGGCGCACUACCUUUAAUUUGUUGGCUCAAGGUUUACAUUGUUUACAUGGGAAAGAAGCAGCACGAUGAUCCAGAGCGCCUCACUGAACUCCAUCAUGAAACUCUUAAAUCAGUCAUUCGAAGAGAAGAAUCCUCAGACUUUAUGGUGUAUAGCUAUAGACAUGGGUUCUCAGGUUUUGCGGCGAGGCUUACAAAAACUCAAGCUAAAAUGAUUGCAGAGUUACCUAAUGUUGUUCGAGUGAUGCCCAAUAAUUUUUAUAAGAUGCAAACUACCAGAAGCUGGGACUACCUUCAACUGCCUUUACAGUCUUUCAAUAGUCUUCAGCAUCAAGCCAAGCUGGGACAUAGUGCCAUCAUCGGCCUUCUUGAUUCAGGAAUAUGGCCUGAAUCUAAAGCUUUCUCCGAUGAAGGCAUGGGGCCAAUCCCCUCUAGGUGGAGGGGAGUCUGCGAAUCAGGAAAACACUUUGACGCGGCAAAGAGCUGUAACAGAAAGUUGAUUGGAGCUCGUUAUUUUAUCAAAGGGCUUCAAGCUGAAUAUGGACAGCCAUUAAAUGCCAGUGUGUUCCAAGAUUACUUGUCCCCAAGAGAUACAUCCGGGCAUGGAACACACACCUCUACUAUAGCUGCUGGCUCCUUCAUCAGUAAUGCCAGCUACAAAGGACUAGGUGCCGGAACAGUACGAGGCGGUGCUCCGAUGGCUCGCCUGGCUAUGUACAAAGUCUGCUGGAAUAUGUAUGAUGGAGGACUUUGUGCAGCUGCUGACAUACUGAAAGCCUUGGAUGAAGCCAUACAUGAUGGCGUUGACGUAUUAUCACUGUCCAUAGCCUCUGAUCUUCCCCUUUAUUCUGAUGUGGAUGAGCGUAAUGGGAUCACCUUGGGGGCUUAUCAUGCCGUGGCACAUGGAAUUAGUGUUGUUUGCUCCGCAGGAAAUGAUGGUCCAAAUGGUCAAACAGUGCAGAGUCCAGCACCGUGGAUAACAACCGUGGCAGCAAGUAGCACAGACCGCUCCUUCCCUACACCUAUCACACUUGGAAACAACUGGACAACACUGGGUCACGGGAUGUUUACAGGGAAGGAUACAGGGUUCGUCAAUCUGGUAUACCCUGAGGAAUCAAAAGAGCUCCAAAGUCCUCGUUACUGCAAUUCUCUCUCGCCAGAUGACAGUUGGGUAAGAGGAAACGUGGUUUUCUGCUUUGUCUUCGAUUAUCGAUAUUAUGCAGUGCAGGACGCUGCUCAGAUUGUCAGAGAAGCUGGGGCUUUAGGGAUUAUCGUGGCCAGGGAUCCCAGUACGGUACCAGUUGAACCAUGUGGAAAUAAUUUUCCAUGCGUCCAAAUAAGCCACGAAACUGGAAUGCAGAUACUCUACUACACCCGUUCUACAAGGCGUCCUAGAGUAAAGAUUGGCUCUUCCAAAACACAUACUGGCAGACCUGUGCCAACCCGCAUAGCAGCAUUCUCGUCUAGAGGGCCUAGUUCUGUUGCCCCUGCAAUACUUAAGCCAGACAUAGCAGCUCCAGGUGUCAAUAUAUUAGCUGCAGUCGCUCCUGAUGAGGAUUCCUCAAAAGACACAGUCUUUGCUUUUAUUUCCGGAACUUCAAUGGCAGCUCCUCAUGUCUCAGGCAUAGUUGCACUGCUCAAAUCGCUACACCCUAAUUGGUCACCUGCUGCCCUCAAAUCAGCCAUAAUCACAACAGCAUGGACGACUGAUCCAUCUGGGGAACCAAUAUUUGUGGAAGGAGAACCAACGAAGCUUGCAGAUCCAUUUGAUUUUGGUGGCGGGAUUGUGAAUCCAAACAGGGCAGCAGAUCCUGGUCUUAUCUACGACAUGGACUCAGCAGAUUAUGUUCAAUACCUCUGUGGCAUGGGCUACAGUAAUCCCAGCGUUUCCCUCCUAACGGAACACCCCAUCUCUUGCCCCGCCAACCGGCCCUCCAUGCUUGACAUAAACCUGCCUUCCAUAACUAUACCAUCCCUUAGGAAGUCAACAAUCAUAGUAAGAACAGUCACAAAUGUUGGACCUGUCGACUCAAAGUACAAGUCCAUCGUAGAGCCUCCCAUUGGCAUAACCAUAGCUGUGCAACCGGAUAUUUUAUAUUUCAACUCUACAUUGAAGGCCAUAACCUUCAGCAUUAUUGUUUCCUCAAGUCACCGUGUGAGCACAGGAUACCUCUUUGGUAGCUUGACAUGGCACGACGGUAAGCAUUCAGUCAGGAGUCCAAUAUCUGUCAGAACUCGGAUCACAGAAUCUUAUAGUUGAUGAUUUGAAAUAAAAGGUUGAGUAUCGUGUGGAUCGUGAACUUUAUGAAUAAUAUGAAGAUCUAUUAACUGUA